AUGCGCCCGGGAUGGCAGCGCAGGCGCAUUCCUGGCGGAUUUGAGUUGCCCCUGCAGCCCCUGUGGUCCCCGGGCCCGGUGGAGAACAAGGCCAGCAGGAAGACCAAGAAGAAGGAGGGGGGGGCCCUCCGGGCCCAGAGGGCGUCCUCCAAUGUCUUCUCCAACUUCGAGCAGACCCAGAUCCAGGAGUUCAAGGAGGCCUUCACGCUGAUGGAUCAGAACCGGGAUGGCUUCAUUGACAAGGAGGACCUGAAAGACACCUACGCCUCCCUGGGCAAGAUCAACGUCAAGGACGACGAACUGGAUGCCAUGCUGAAGGAGGCCUCGGGGCCCAUCAACUUCACCAUGUUCCUGAACAUGUUCGGCGAGAAGCUGAGUGGUACGGACACUGAGGAGACCAUCCUGAAUGCCUUCAAGAUGCUGGACCCCGAAAGCAAAGGCAGCAUCCACAAGGACUACAUCAAACGGCUGCUCAUGUCCCAGGCGGACAAGAUGACUGCAGAGGAGGUCAACCAGAUGUUCCAGUUUGCUACCAUUGAUGCUGCAGGCAACCUGGACUAUAAGGCGCUGAGCUAUGUGCUCACCCAUGGGGAGGAGAAAGAGGAGUGA